AUGCUCACCUCCGCUCUCCUGCUCGCGCCGUCCAUCCCAAACAUGGCCGCCCUACCGGCCUACGGAAACUACCACCACGUCCAGCUCGCCGAGGCCUUCAACUCGGAGCUCGACCAGAGGCUCGGGCGUCGCCUCUCGCCCACCCCGGCGCACCUCUCCCGCGUCGUCUACGUCCCGAAGCACAAGGACGUCACCGCCCAUCUGCCGCUGUACGACGUCUCGGAGAACUACGCCAAGGCCGUCAAGGGAGAGUUCGUCGGGGGCAGCCGGUACAAGCUGAACCUGGCCAUGAUGAAGAGGCCGAACGGGGACGGCACCGACGGGGAGGUCCGCUACCUCGUCAACUUUGGGAGCGGCGCUGCCGAGGACGAGGUGACGGUGGAAAGGAGAGUCCCGACGCAUAACGGGCCGAUGGUCAGCAUGCAUCUACCUCGCGAAGGCAACGGCAACUUUCGCGUCGCCUCGCUCGACCCGACGCAGACCAUGCAGCUCGUCGUUGCCAACUCCUUCCCCAUCCCGGACAGGAAGAUGCACGCGGCCGCGCCGCCAGUCCGGCACCCGUGGUUCACCAUCUCGCACACGUCACAGGACGAUGCCGACGACGACGACGACGCCGCCGCCGCCACGGGACUGACGCCCUCGAACCUCGAAUGGCAGAUCCGGCCGACAGAGCAUGGUCCCCUGCGCUACACGCUCGUCGACACGGCCGAAGAGGAUGCCGCCGCCGCGGAGGCCGGCGAGCCGCUCAUCCACGCCAUCUACCACCACAUCGGCGUCGGGUUCGCCCUGCCGAGGGACUACAGCGAGGGCGUCCUGCUGCUCUCGGAGAACCUCGACGACGAGGCCGAGGCGCUGGCUGUUUCUACGCUCCUCGGGCUGCUGCGACAGGUGCGGUCCAUCAACCAGCCGCCGCCGAGACCAAGGAAGAAGUCGUUUGUCCAACGAGUCCUGGGCAAGAUCUGA